AUGAUGCCAAAGAUAGUGGACCUUCAGCCGGCACUCUGACAGGACAGUAGCCCAAUUCGGAUGACUCCUGUCGGCGUGAUGUUCAUCCUCUUCCCGGUGUGCUGUCUGCUCCCCGGAACCUGGGCAGCCACUGUGAGCGGACUCCAAUACACUGUUUUAGAUCGUCGAGUGUUUGGGGCCGUGGCCAACUUCAGCACAUUCCUACUGGAUCCCACGUCGGGCGUCCUCUUCAUGGGUGCAAGGGAUACCAUAGUGGUGGUAGACACCAACAAGCUUAAUGAACCACCACGCAUGGUGAUUUGGAAUGUGCCGCAGGAGAGCAGGAAUACUUGCAUGACUAAAGGAAAGACGGAGGGUGACUGCCGCAACUACAUCCUGCUGUUGGAGUUCCACUCUGACGGACGGCACAUUUACGUGUGCGGCACCUAUGCCUUCGACCCCAAAUGUGCCUUCCUGGAGAAGUCCUCCCUAACCCUGGAGAAGGAUGCCGAUGGGCACGUGACUAUGGAAAUGGGGAGGAAGAAGGUCCCCUUUGACCCUAGGAAGCCGUUCUCGGCCGUUAUGACGGAUGACGCGCUGUACGCCGCCACCUCCAUCAAUUUCCGCGGGACGGAGUUCGAUAUCACCCGGGCGACGGGUCCGGAGCAGAAGCAGAUCCGAAGCGAGCAAAAAGUUCACUGGCUGGACGAACCCGAAUUUGUAAGCUCAGCGUUCGUGGAGCUGUCGACCGACAACAACGUCGCGGGGGAGGACGACCGGAUUUUCUUCUUUUUUAACGAGGCGGCUAUGGAAUACAAUUUCUAUUCCAAAGUCCGGGUGCCCAGAGUGGCACGAGUGUGUCGGUCGGACGUGGGCGGUCUCAGGACUCUGCAGCAGCACUGGACCACUUUCCUCAAGGCCGAGCUGGUGUGCGAGGACAAACUCCGACAUCAGCGCUUUGACGUCUUGGUGGACGUUUUCACCUUGCGACAUUCCCCGCAAGAAGCCGGGAGCACGCACUUUUAUGGACUUUUCACCACACAGUGGGAACCUGAGCAGUCGGCGGUGUGCGUUUUCGGCGCAUCGGACAUCAUCAGAGCAAUGAACGGCCCGUUUAAGAAGCGCAAUGACAAAACGGACACGCCCACUCCGGUGGGCUUGCCGAGGCCUGGUCAGUGUCUGAACAAUGCGCUGAAGGCAGAGGGCUACGACUCCUCCCUGAAAAUCCCUGACAACCUCUUGGCAUACGUGAGGAACCAUCCCCUCAUGCAGCAGAGUGUUAACGCCGCACCCUUGCUGGUCAGGAAAGGAGUCACGUACACCAAGCUGGCUGUCACGCUGAUAGGCCGUAGAGAAGGCCAAAGGGAAGCGAUGCUGCAUCUCGGAACAGACUUUGGAGAGCUCCAUCAGGUGGCGGUAAUAGACGAGAAAGCCACUUUACUCCGUGAGAUUCCUUUAUUUGAGCCAACAGAGCCAGUCAACAAUAUUUUGCUGCACAGAGGUUGGGCUUUGGUGGGCACUCCCCAGUCUCUAGCUCGCCUCCGGUCUGAAGAUUGCACGCUCUAUUCAAGCUGUAAAUUGUGCGCCCGAUUUGGAGAACUGGGCUGCGAGUGGGCCGCGAGCGAGGAGCGAUGCGUUCGCUCGACGUCGGCGCCUAGCGAUGGAGAUGUAAUAGAAGAAGCGUUAAGAAAAUGCGACUCCCAGGAAGAUCGCUGCUCGCCAUCCAUCAAGGAGCUGCGCGUGUCUUUGGGUCUGCAACUCCUGUUGCCCUGCGCUCAGCUGUCUCCCAGGCCCUGUAGCUGGGAGCACCCACCUAACAGUCUCACCAAGCAGCGCCACCCCGACCUAGAGGUGACCGUCACCCGAGACGGACUGGGAAGUUACAUCUGUGCGUGCCAGGAAGGACAAAUCCACGACCCCACUCCUUGCCGCCGAGCCGUCUAUCAGCUGACGUUGGAAGAUCCCACGACCGCGGGGGCCGUGGUGGGGUGCGCCCGUCACGUGGUAGCCUUCUACAUCCUCUCCUUCUUGGGGGGUUUGCUGUUCGGGGCGGCGCUCCUCUACUUUGUCAAAUGUCGACAACUAAGCGGUCCGCGAGAAGGGAUAGGGCGGGACUUACUGGGAUCCUCCGCCAGACAGCAGCCGGGAUUCCGUCUGACGGACAAACGCAACGGGAUCGCUUCCAAGGCCGCCGACGCGGGCCAAGUCGGGAAGCUGGGUAACGGCGGUCACCGCGGCAACAGCGCGAGCGCCGCCAACGCCAAGGCCAGAAACGGAAGCGGGAACGCCUCGUACGCCAACUACAACAUUUUAUCCGCAGACGUGCUGGACGGACGGACUGCCGGGAGGGAGGCGCGGGCUCCCCGAGGGGGCGAGGGGGAGUCUGCGGAAGGGGCCGAGAUGGACGAGGGUCUGGGGGAAGGGAUAACCGGACUGGAGGAAGAGUUUGCCAGCUUUCCCAUGUUUAAGACGCCGGCGCCCCUCGCUCCGUGUGAAGAAAGCUCCAUUUGA